AUACAACUCCGUGAUUUAUUAUGUAAUGAGCGAAAGUUUCGCUGCGAAACUGGCAAUAUUAAAAUUUCUCCCUGUAUAUAAAACGGCUAACUUCACGGUGGAUGGGCUUGCCAAGUUGUCAACUUUUUGACCAAUCAGGAAUGGCCGCUACGAAAAUCAAGUAACCUCUACCGUGUGUGUGCGUGUCAUGUUUUUGGUUGUCAAAAAUGGUUCAAGCCGGGUCGAAAAAAACACAAGUCCCAAAAUUAAGUAGCAAAACUGGAAUAAGUAGUUUAAUUAUUUUCGUGGUUCUCCUAUUAGCAUGGAUUGUCGGCUUUUCGUCGCGUUUAUUUGCUGUCAUUAGGUUUGAAAGUAUCAUUCAUGAAUUUGAUCCAUGGUUCAAUUACAGAGCCACUGCUUAUAUGGUUAAGCAUGGAUUUUACAAUUUCUUAAAUUGGUUUGAUGAACGAGCAUGGUACCCAUUAGGAAGAAUCGUAGGGGGUACUGUGUACCCCGGCCUUAUGUUAACAUCAGGCAGCAUUCACUAUUUUCUGCAUUUGCUGCAUAUAAAUGUCCAUAUUCGUGAUAUAUGUGUAUUUUUAGCUCCUGUAUUUAGUGGUUUAACAGCAAUUUCCACUUAUUUCUUAACUAAAGAACUGUGGUCUGCUGGUGCUGGACUUUUCGCUGCUUGUUUUAUUGCAAUUGUUCCUGGCUAUAUUAGUAGAUCAGUUGCAGGAAGCUAUGACAAUGAAGGCAUUGCAAUUUUCGCAUUGCAAUUUACCUAUUUCUUAUGGAUAAAAUCAGUUAAGACUGGCUCAGUUUUCUGGGCAAUUACUGCUGCACUUUCCUACUUUUAUAUGGUAUCAGCAUGGGGAGGAUAUGUAUUUAUAAUAAAUUUAAUUCCGCUUCAUGUAUUUGUUCUACUUUUAAUGGGCAGAUUUUCAAACCGUCUAUUUACAAGUUACACCACAUUCUACAUUAUAGGUUUGAUUUGUUCUAUGCAAAUUCCAUUUGUGGGUUUCCAACCAAUUAGAACAAGUGAGCACAUGGCUGCCUCUGGUGUAUUUGUAUUAUUAUUUGCCGUGGGAGCCCUGAAAUAUCUACAAAGCAUGCUCUCUAAAUCUGAAUUCAAAUCAGUCGUUAUUUAUGGUGGUCUUAUUGCUGCUGCUUUGGUAUUUUUGACAGUUGUGUUGCUUACAUAUGCUGGCUAUAUUGCUCCAUGGAGUGGAAGAUUUUACUCCCUCUGGGAUACAGGUUAUGCCAAAAUCCACAUACCCAUCAUUGCUUCAGUAUCCGAGCAUCAACCCACCACUUGGUUCUCUUUUUUCUUUGAUUUGCACAUUUUAGCUGCUACUUUUCCUGCUGGCCUUUGGUAUUGCAUUAAAAAUGUUAAUGAUGAAAGAGUUUUUGUAAUUUUGUAUUCCAUAAGUGCUGUGUAUUUUGCCGGUGUCAUGGUUAGAUUAAUGCUUACCCUUACUCCAGUCGUUUGUAUAUUAAGUGGUAUUGCAUUCUCUGGCCUUUUGGAACUAUUUUUAAGAGAAGAUGACAAUGUUAGACCUGAAGAACAAGAAGAUGAAGAUCAAAACACACCCAACAAGAGACAACUGUAUGAUAAGGCUGGUGCAGGCGGACGUCUGCCCAAAAUUAAGCACGACCAAUCAAAAGAAUCUGACGGCAUCGGUCAAAAUAUUCGUAGCAUCGUUACCAUAGUUAUAAUGUUACUUUUGAUGCUGUUUGCUGUCCAUUGCACCUGGGUGACAGGAAACGCCUAUUCCAGCCCAAGUAUUGUACUCGCGUCUUACGGAAGCGACGGUAGCCGACAAAUUUUGGACGAUUUCAGAGAAGCCUACUUCUGGUUGUCCCAAAAUACAGCUGAUGAUGCUAGAGUAAUGAGCUGGUGGGAUUAUGGUUAUCAAAUAGCCGGCAUGGCGAACCGUACAACGUUGGUGGACAACAAUACUUGGAACAACAGUCACAUAGCUUUGGUAGGUAAGGCGAUGUCGUCCAAUGAAACUGCAGCGUAUGACAUCAUGACAGCUCUGGACGUCGACUACGUACUUGUCAUUUUCGGCGGAGUAAUCGGUUACUCUGGAGACGAUAUCAACAAGUUCUUGUGGAUGGUCAGGAUUGCUGAAGGAGAACAUCCCAAGGAUAUUAGAGAAAGUGACUACUUUACUGAACACGGAGAAUUCAGAGUAGAUGCUGAGGGUUCACCAACUUUACUUAAUUCUCUAAUGUACAAAUUGAGUUAUUACCGUUUUGGCGAGUUAAAGUUAGAUUACCGCACGCCCGCUGGCUACGAUCGUACGAGAAACGCUGUGAUUGGCAACAAAGAUUUUUCAUUGACUUACCUUGAGGAGGCUUACACCACUGAACACUGGCUUGUCAGAGUAUACAAGGUUAAGAAACCAGAUGAGUUCAACAGACCAAGAAUACCAGUUGCCAAUAGGGUCAUUAAGUCGCCUAACUUUAUUUCUAAAAAGAGCAACAAACGCAAAAAGGGUACAAUCAAGAACAAGCCAGUUGUGGUAAAGGGAAAGAGACUUUCAAAAAAUCAAUAGAAAAACAAGUGUUAGAUAAUUUUUUUUAUUGUUGUUAAAAACUGUUUUACCACAAUUUGUGUUGUGUGAAAGUUAUAAAAUAUUUAAGUUGACAUGUAUGUAUUUAUUUACUUCACUAUCGGAGUAUUUUUAAAAUCAUUAUUUCACCUUGUGAUAACUGCAAAAAAAUGCCAAUAAAACUUUUGCACUAGA